GAAAUAUAGCUAAGAAUGAAGCUUUGAUGGAAAAUGUGUUUAUGAUGAGUGUGUGCAUCGAACUGAGAAUUCCUUUAUUUCUUGUUGGAAAACCUGGAAGUUCAAAGUCUCUUGCAAAAACAAUUGUUGCAAAUGUAAUGCAAGGAAGAUCAUCACAUUCAGACUUUUUCAAAAAAUUGAAGGAGGUCCAAAUGGUGUCGUUUCAAUGUAGUCCUUUAUCAGUAUCAGAAGGCAUCGUAGGAACGUUCCGACAAUGUGCACUGUAUCAAAAAGACAAAGAUCUAGAUAAAUUUGUUUCGGUAGUUGUUCUUGACGAAGUUGGACUCGCUGAGGAUUCGCCGAAAAUGCCUCUUAAGACUUUGCACCCUCUUUUAGAAGAUGGAUGUAUUGGGAAUGAUAUUUCAGAACCUUAUAAAAAAGUUGCUUUUAUUGGAAUAUCUAACUGGGCCUUAGAUCCAGCAAAGAUGAACAGAGGAAUACUUGUUCAGAGACCUGUACCGGGUUUAGAAGAUUUAGAAAAAAGUGCCGAAGGGAUCUGCUCUGGGAAAAGAAGCAUACUACCAAUGAUAUCAUCCUUGUUGAAGCCUUUAGCAAAGACGUAUUUGCAAAUAUUUGGCAAACUCAGUACGAGAAGGGAAUUUUUUGGCUUGCGAGACUUUUACAGUCUGAUUAAAAUGGUGUACGGAUUUGCACAUACCAACGGAAAACCACCAACCUGGCUGAUGCUAAAGCAUGCAAUUCAGCGUAACUUUGAUGGAUACACUUGUGGAGAAAACGAAGAGGAUCCUUUGAAAAUCUUUGCAAAAGAAUUACAAGAAGAGCUGCCACAGAUGACUAUGAUAGAAGAGAAACUGGAAGGUGAUCCUGAUUGCACACCUACAGGGUUGAUACAGAGUUGUUUGAAAGGAGACGAGCUUGAAGGGGAUACACGUUAUUUACUGUUGCUAACUGAAAAUUAUGGUGCCCUGACUGUGCUGCAACAGAAACUGUUCAACUUAGAAGAAGUGAUCACAAUUUUUGGGAGCAGCUUCCCAAGUGAUCAAGAAUACACACAGAUUUGCAGAAAUAUCAACAGAAUCAAAGUUUGCAUGGAAGCCGGUAGCACAGUUGUGCUUUUGAAUUUGGAAAAUUUGUAUGAAAGCCUUUAUGAUGCACUCAACCAGUAUUAUGUCGAGUUUGGUGGUGAACGAUACGUCGAUUUAGGACUAGGAAGUCACAGAGUGAAAUGCAAAGUCAACAAAAAGUUUAGGUUGAUAGUUGUUGCUGAAAAGGAGACUGUGUACACGAAAUUCCCGAUUCCAUUAAUCAACAGACUUGAAAAACAUUUUUUGAAUGUGUUGUCGCUACUGUCAGAAGAACAACUUCGUCUUGCAAAAGAUCUGGAAGAAUGGGUCCAUGCCUUUACCAUUACCUGCGCUACACACGUGUGGAGAGAGGAACCAAGCACAGACUGGGAAGCAGGGGAUGUGUUUAUGGGAUAUCAUGCCGAUGCCUGUGCUUCAAUCAUACUUUACGUUUGUCACUCUCUAGAACUACCUACAGAAACAAUGUCAAAGGAACAAGAAGUGAUGAAUGCGGCAAAGGAUGUUUUAUUGUGGACUGCUACACCAGAUUCUGUUUUACGUUUGGAAAAAACAAAGCUUAAAAAUGAAUUUGAAGGUGUUGUGGAAAAAUAUUUUGUACAGCAACAUCAUGACAGUCUCGUCGAUUUCCUCAAGUUCAAACUGGACUCAAAUGAAAGCAACAGGCUAUGUGUGCAGGUUACAACACAAUCCAAAUUAUUCACUACGUCAGAUAUCUCGGCUAUGGGCGAAGAUCUGUGCAUGUCAACAGACGAAAUACAGCUUCUAACACUCCAGUCUUUUGAAACAGAACAACAGUUUUGCAGACAAUUGAAAUACUGUGUGGAAAGGAAUGAUUCAGCAGGAAACAAAUCACUUAUGUUUCUGAUUCAGUGCGACAAUGGACACGAAAAUAUGAAUUUAAUUGCAAGUGCCCAGUACUGUGUACUUGAUCAACUCAUGCAGUUUAAUGGCAAAGGGAAAGUUCAUGUCGUUUUCAUCAUUCAUUUACCAAGAAUUGCAGGAAGGAUUUUUACUGGAUUUCAGUGUGGAAAGUGGCUCUCCGUACACAUCGACGACAUCCGUAAACCAGACAAGUCAUUGAUGCCGAUUGUUGAAAUGAAAAAUAUGAGCAUCAGGGAAUUACUGUUUGCUGGAAAACAAGUAACACCAGACGCAUAUAGUUCGAAGAGAACGAUAGAUGUCCGCAUAUUAGUUCGAUCCUGCCUUCAUUCUGCGCUCUCUAUGGUUAGAGAUCCAGCCAGUGAUAGCGAUCGAAGUACAGAACGAGUAAAAAUACUUCUUAACCUUUUACCAGUAGAGGAAACAGAAGGAAGGUGGACAUUGAUAUCUGGACUUGCUAUCCACCUCGCAAAACUUAUGAAGGAAAAAGAAAAGGAACUUAUUCACAGAGAAGUUGCAUCACGUUGGCUCUGUAACGACGCAACAGUAAAAAGACUCCUUUGGAAAAACGGAACAUUCCGAAAAUCAAUUGCACAAUGUCUGGCCGAAAAAGUAUCCUCUUUACUUGCUGGAAUAAUUGCGCAAGUUGAUUCCAACAAAAAUCUGAAUAUAGUGGACGUAGAGGAGGAAAAUUAUACCUGGAAACAAAGGCUUUGGUUCCAAAUAAUCAACAAUUGUGAAGCUACUGGUAUAAAGUACGACAUGAUGAUAUCACCGAAAAAUAGAAAGCCAUUGCAAGAGAUAAUGGUUAAGGGACAUGGCGUUGACGGACGAUUGUUUAAAACACAUUUCCCGUUUUCUUGGCUUCUACUUGAACUCAUUGAAAAAAUCACAUCAUCCGAGGUCAAUCAUCAAGGUGAUGUAGACAAAAUAACUGAAGUCUCACGAAUAGUUGAAGAACUGCCACUUGGAAAAAUUCUCAAGUCUUCUCUAGAAAAGGAACAAUCAGAUGACCCGAUAAGAUCAUACUUAAGUGAUUUCGUCGCUAUGAAGUAUGCUGUCACAAGUGACGCAGAACAAAAGAUUAUUGCUGAAAAUUUAUGGAUUCGAAGUGCAGCAGAAUUGAAAAACGUUUCGAAAACUGUCAUUACUAGAAUCGUAGCAUUCCACAUUGUAUAUAGAAAAGCAAGUCAAAGGCUCCAAAACUUUUCACAUAUCACGUGUGUUUGGUCAGAGUGUAGUGAAAAUAUAAUGGACUUCAUAAAAAAACCGGAGGCUUCUUCUGUAAUUUCAGAAUCAGACAUGUCAAUGGACGUUAUUGGGUUGUCUCUCGUUUUGAAACAACUGGAAACAGUCGGAGAUUCGUUUGGGAAUUACAAUAAAAGAAUGCAAUGGCUGCAGCUUUUAAAUACAUAUCGACCGGUUAUAGAAAGAUUGUUGGGCUUCUUUUCAUCAACAAAGGGAACGUAUGAUGAAAAAUGUGAAGGAAACAUCACACAAUCAAGAAAUCGUUGGACAAGGAUAGUAAUCAUGAAAUUGCUUCUGGAAAAUGUAUACUCUGGACAGGAUUGUGAUGUGAAACUUUGCCUGAGUCUGUUCGUGCUCCUUGGAACAAAGGCUGAUCUUAAGACACUCCAGUCAUUCGAAACAGUUGAAAACUUCCUCAAAUCUUGUCUUAAAGGGGCAGCAACAGCGGCAUUUGGUGACCAGCAGAGAUGCAAAAUUUGUGAAAAUACCAUUUCUGGACAACCAAUUCAGCUUCAGUGUGCGAAUGUGAUUUGUGUAGAUUGCAAGAAUAAUCAUCUUCUUGCUGAUAGUAAAGAAUGUGGAGCCUGUCAUGAAACACAUGGGAUGGAAGAAAACACACCAGACAGUGAUAAACUACAAGUGUACAAUAAAUUCAAAAAUAACUGCAACAACUUCUUUAUGGAAAUUGUGUCACAGUUAUGUUUUGCGGAUGAUGAAGCUCCGGCAAAUGAAGUGAUAAAAAAGUUAGUGUCUUUCAUCACUGUUGAGACAAGGAUGGAUCAUGGAAUGAAAUAUGUGAGCAAAGAAAUGGCGCUUUUUGAAUCCAAAGCUGAUUCAACACCAGUAUUUAGAUCAUUCCUUUUGCAGCAUUUACUUAGAACGAGCUCAGAUGUCGUCACGGAGUUUCUUGAUGAAUACUUAUCGAAGGCAAAAGCUAUGUUAAACCAGGAGCCAGAAAAAGUGGUUGAGUUCAGCCUCCUCGUCAUUCAAUGUUUAGAGGAUUCGUUCCAGCGAAGAUGUUCAAAAGAAAUAGAACCAUGGAAAGCAGAAUUACGGGAUGCAAAAAAGUAUCUCAAAGACAAUAUAGAGGUGAUUGGUAAGGAAAAUCUUGAUGUGAGGAAAUUGUAUUCUGUAGCAGAAACUAGAUUCAGUCUUGCGUGUACGGCAAAGUUUCUGUAUCAGCAAUAUGUCGAGAAAUCCAUCAAGAACUUGCAGAUCCUGCCGAUCGUGUAUGAAGCUGCCUCCACUCUGACUGAUAGAUUUCAAUGGGCAAAACUGUUUUUCAUCAAAUAUUUUUGUCGGCAAAAUGGUGUAAAAUGUUAUCGGCAUAUUUUAUCAUCAACCUCGGAUCCCAACAAAGAUAGAGCAAUUGCAUUACUAAGUAUGCCUGAGUUGAAAGCUGAAAAUGUUAAAGAAUGCCAUGACAGAUUCGUGGUAUGUGGGACAUCGUAUAAAGAACUUCGUGAUAGGAUAACCCAGUGUCUUGUUGAUGGAGAUAUAGAACUGGGUCUGCAGGGUCUUGACAUUCCAGACACCCAGAAAACAUUGCUCUUUCUGUUGGUAAUAUUCCGAGAGGUAACAAUGACACAUGUAUAUGACAUCAGCAAGCGUAGAUUUCGACAAGAGGCCGUUCAGAAACUACUAGAUGCUGUAGAAGAUGAGAAAAGCUUUCAUCCGAUUGAGAAAACUAUGAUCUCCAAGAUAGCAAAAAACACUCUUUGGACGGAAGAGUCAGCCUUGUUUAUUACGGAGGAAAUGCCUGUCGGAGAUCAGGACAUAGUUUCCCUUCUCCACCAUGUUUUCUUUUCAGUGGUGCAAGGUCCGGGGCAAGGGAAUCUUUUAGAACCGUUUAUUAUCAUCAUUCAAAAAUCUGAAAUAUUGCAGAAUUGUUUUCUGCCAACUAUGGAUGAGAUUGACAUUGAGGAAAUCCGUGGAGCUCUUGCCAAUGCCACGGAUUAUGGAAGUUUACCAGCUUAUAAAUGCCCAAAUGGACAUCUAUAUCUUGUCGGAGAUUGCGGCAGACCGGUUGUGGGCCAAACAACCUGUCCAGAAUGUGGUGCAAAGAUUGGUGGACAGCAAUACAACGUUUUAGAAGAUGGGAAUGAGAAAGUUGACCUACAAAAAUUUGACGAAGAAUUUGUGGGACACAUUUUGGGACGUGUCUCAUCGCGUCAAGAUGUUGGAACACCUCAACGCGAUCUAUCAACAGUUAACUGCGCCAUUCUUCGAUUUUUUACCAACGCUGCCCUUUAUUUAGCUGCAAGUCAGAACCCUGAGUCUGUGAAAGUUAUCAUCAAGCCAGCUAUUGAACUCAAUGAUGUUCUUCCCUUUUUGAUGGGUCAUGUCAAAAUGGAUUUAACAGUGAUACAAAGAGCAACUGGAAGAAGCGAAGAUGACAUAUACCUGUUAUUGCACAGAAUAUGUCACUCUUUUACGGAAAAACAUGAAAGCAAAAGUAAGACUUUGUCGAAUUGUGAAACUGCACUAAGUAACAAAAAUGACAGGCGCUGUUGGGAACGAGAAUUUUCAGAAGAGUUUUUCUGUUCAGUUUUAAAGGAGUUGGAAUCAGAGCUGAAAAUACUGAGCAAAGAGUUAACAGAAGACCAGCGAUUAGGUUCUGACCCCUUACUUAGGCUUAUUUAUGAGACUGAUUCAAGCGAAGAAAAUGUUUCACUGUGCAAGCUGCACGAACAUCCAGCUGUUUGGGGGUACAGAUCACGAAUAUCUAUGGACCAUUUGUCAAAUACAUUUACGAUGCAGAUUCCAGCAGAAAAACACGCUGUGAUUCGAAUAUUUUUGAAAGAGGAACACAAUCUUAGGGUAAUUCGUCUUGUACCAAGCAUCAUCAAGCUACAGAAGCUACUAAUACACAAGUAUGCCAGAAGACUUGACCGUCGUGAAGCGUCGUCUUGGACGAUACAAGAUGAGAUUGAUUCUUACAAGGAAGAGAAUGAUUCAGCGGAUGACUUGCAGUUGACAGCAAAAUUGGAAUCAAAAUGGACGAAAAUAGACCAGCUGGUGUCAGAUUUUAUUGAAGCUUGGCAUUGUAUUAGAACACAACUUGCAAAUUUUCGUAUUCAGACCUCUGAUGGAAUCAAACAGGUUUCAGAAAAAUAUCAUGGACGAGACCUAGUCAGAGAAGAUCCUAUGUCUCUGUUCCUGCCGACAAUGCGCGACCAAGGACUGUGCUCCUAUGGACUGCUGUAUUUUCUACUAAGAGUGCAGAACACAUUCUUGGAAGAAUAUUGCGGAAGAAAUGAUUUUCAGUUUGGAAAGCUACCACGAGUUAAAGUCAGCGAAGUCACACAUGCUCAUUUGAUAAGUUACCAUCCGGAUCGUGAUCUUCUGCCGAUGGUUAUGUCAAACUGUCAAUAUACAUUUGAAGUCGGGAGAGGUACAAAAGUGGAAUACAAUUUUUCAAAUCUGGAGCGCCAGUUGAUGGAUCGCUUUCUGUUUUCUAAGUCUGUAAUUGACUUGCAUCCUAGGGAGUUCUACAUUAUGACAUACAGAUUAGAAUCAACGAAUGCCGCUGUAUUCCAAGAACUCAGACAUAAGAUUAAGCAGGAACCACUAAACCAAACAGUAGCAACUCAAAUAUCCCAUCAGUUUAGACGAUACCAGGACAUAUGUGAUGCGAUGGAUAAAUUAGAUACCGUCAUUCGUUUCCUGCGAUCCGUCGGCGAUGAUGAAAGUUGUAUGCUUGAAGAGUUUAUGCGUCAGGCGCUUAGAAUGGAUACAGCAUUUCUAUCCCUUAAUAUCCGAAAGAGUUGCCAAUGUAAACAUGUCCAAUCCCUUUGGUUAAAGCUGUCGAUGAUGAAAACCAAGCAUCAGGCGUCAAAUAAAAAGGAUGUGCUUGAGGGGGUGUCUGAUGCGUAUCGUGAAGAGCUGACUGACAACCAAAAAGAGCAAUUGAACGAUAUCUGUGACGGAUUAUCCAAGGAGAGACUCAGCACAGUUCUGGAUGCACUGUAUGAGUGCAUAAUUCUUACCAUUGACGGUGGAACUGAAGACGGAGACGGAGAGAAUCCAAUGGCUAGAUACAGUAUCCGAGAUACUCUGAUUGCAUAUGUUGGAGCACCCGCAUAUGAUGUUGAUGUCCCUGAGCCAGAAUGGAUAGGUAAAACACUCCAAAAAUUUCCGGGAAAUGAUGAAGAUUCCAAUUGUAUUAAAGUUUCUCAGUCGAUGGACCUCUGGAUCUGCAUCUAUGCAAAUUAUGCAAAAAGGAAGAAUUAAACAAGUUUGACUACACAGAACCAUGAAAAUUGUCUUCUCCGAUAAACAGGUCUUUUUUUCUUUAUAUGUAUAUAUUAUAUUCUUAGUCGUUAUUAACCAAUUCGUACCAGCAACAGAGUGAACAAUUACUUAACAAUUAAAGGGAAUCUUAUAGGUUUUCACAUUACCCGUACCAAUAAAUAAUAUAUCUGUAUUUGUACAUAUGUAUGUUGCCUUCUACGUGUAUUUCACGGGUCGCUAGCUAUAAUAGCUCAAAUUGAUUCGAUUUAAGCUUCAUAAUAUUUGCAUGUUUUAUUUGGUUUUAUUUUAAAAUGCUAUGAAUUGUAAUAUCCAUAUUCAUUAUUCUUUGAUUUUCAUCUAUGUAUGCUUAUUUUGAAUAUCUUCUAUUUGCAAAUAUUUAUACACAGUUUAGCAAAUAACAUUGUACAUGCAUAUAAUGUAUACUAAAGGUGUAUGCAUGUUAAUGCCUUUGAUGUAAGAUUAUUUUCCUAGUAAAGUGUUAUCAGAAAUUUGAUUAGACUUUAACGUCAGGUUUUUAAAAUCAUACAAUGUGGAAUCUGGGACUAAAAGGAUUUAACAUCAUUUUAGCCUGAAUUGAUAAAGUUGAGAAAGAAUCUAGUAAAUUAGUAAGAUAUCAACUAUUGAGGUAUUCUUUACAAAACUGUACAGAGAUCAUUGGCUAAGUACGAUAUUCGAACAGUUUUGAAUGAGAGUAUACAGUGUGUUUUUCUGAUUGCCUAGGCCUGCAAUUUCAAUAGAAAUUUCUACCAUUGUCCAGAGACUCUAUCAUUAAACCAAUUUCAAGUGUGUUAACAUUCUACCUAAAUAAAAGCAAAGUAUUUUAUGAUGCUUACAUAAGAGCCCACAUUGUAUCAUAUAAUAGUAUACAUGUAUUCUUCCGUAUAUAUAUAUAGAUAUAUAGCAAUGUUUUGAUAGUUUGUGAUUUUUCAGCUUACAUUUACAUGUACACCCACUUUUAGAUAGUUGUAAAUAAAUUAAGUUGAAUUAUGUUGAUUCAAUAUAUUAUUUGAAAUGUGACAAUGGAUAUUAAUAUGUAUACUAUACUUUUAUGAAGUUGCUUACAUUGUACAGAAUGGUUCUAUUGUAAAGAUGUUUGAGUCCAUGUAUGUAUUUCACUAGGAAUUGUGUGUAUAUAUAUAUAUAUAUAUAUAUAUAUAUAUAUAUAUAUAUAUAUAUAUAUUCUGAUAUAUAUCAGAAAUAAUCAGAGUGAGGUCUUUAAAAGCGACAUGAUCGACCGCGUGUGCGAAGUUUGGUUCAUAACUUCAUGCUUGUCAAACAUACAUGUAUCACAUUCCUGCGCAUUCAAAAGUACAUCGCGUACAAAAUGUUGAUUAUGACAAAAACAAAACCAUAGUUAACAGAAUUAGGUGGAAUAUACCGCAAAUAAGGCGAGGCUGCACUAUAUUCAGGUGUGUUUAAGCAGAUACGGUUCGUUUAACUUAAAGUAUAUAAAGAAAUCAGGUUUGUUAUGCAUAGCGAGGCAUGUUGUACCUGAUUUUCAACUACCACAAAACAGAUCGUGCAGUUUCUAGGAUACAUUUGGAUUGUUAUUGAGAAUGGGUUCCUAAUCAAUUGGAAUACAGUACGUAUGAGUUUGAAUUCUGCACACAAGGUCAUACAAGUUUACGUUGUUUUGAUCUUAUUGGUUUUUAUGAUAAAUGCAGGAAUUGAUACACAUCGAUCAAAUCACUUUAAGGAUGCAAUCGUAUAGACAUUCAACAAUUAUUUGAUGAGGCUGAAUAAAUAAUCAACCAGGAAAAUUGUUGAAGACGUGACUGUACAAGGACUAUUAGGAACGAAGAACAUGAUUCGAAUAAUUUGGUUUUGUGCAUGUACUCAAACUGUAAUUCCUGGGACAAUUUAUCGACAUAUCAAAAUAGAUAUUCUAGUAAUCUUAAUGAAUUCACUGAUAAUCAAACUAAAGACACUGAUAAGUUAUAUCUCUAUUGAAAACUGCUUAAAGACUGAGUGAAAAAAAUUAUCUAUGGACAUUAAGAUUCAAUAGUGAACUGGAAGAUGUUAACUGUGACAUACUUGUCGUGAAACUUCCAAAAACAAUAUUAAACUAUCAAAUUUCACUCGGUCAAGAAACAAAGUUUAGAGUAAUUGUAAUCUUUAGUGAAGGUUUGAAUGUUGUCUUCCUUAAUUUUAAGAUUCAGUUUCAGAUUUGUUGGUGUACUGUUUCUUUUGUAUGCAUUCAUCAUCUAAAUGGUUAACUAGUUUUAACAUACUUUUAUGAUUGUGCUUUUUAAUGGCUUUAAUUUUCAAUGUAUAUCUACAUAUAAUAAAGUUAGCUUAAGGGAA